ACCACCUCGCUGUAUUUACCUGCGCAGGUACCGAUCAUUUACCCUUUCUAAGCUUUUUUAUUGCUUCGUCGAACAUUUGUCCAAGGGCGUAUACGAACAUAAGAAAGUCGAAGAGUGAGUGAUCUGACUGAAUAUCUUGGUGGCUGGAUUUGAAACUCUGCGCUUAUUCUCUCGAGCCGCCAAGUCCGUUGGUAUGUCUCUCAGGCUGCAGCUUGCAAUCGGGUGUCCAAAUGCUGGAGGCGCGGCGCGUGCGACCCCCCACCGUGCGAGUGGUCAUGUCACCUUUGGAUGUACCCCUGCUCGCUGCGCGGUUGUUUUGCCUCCCAUAUGUGGGGCACGCGGCUUCUUCAAGAUGUCACGCAGCACCCACACCAGAUUCGAAACGGAGGUGGGGUUGGCCAACGGGAAGGAUGGAUGUAUCAGGUACGUACCUCGUAACGUACCACCUGGAACCGUGAGGUGCGGCGGCGCGCGAGCCUCUUCCGCGUUCUCGGCUCGGAAGCUUAAGGCCCCACCCGCGCUCAAAGGCACGAACCAGAUCACUCCCAAUCCAGAUCCUUGUCACACCUUAAAGCCAUCCCCGACAAUUCAUCCCCGGGCUGAGCCAAGCUCGGCUUGUGCAGCCCUGUUCUGCAGCCGGUGGCGGCUUGUUUCGCUGAUGACCGAUGGCAGGAGGGAUCCACGAUUCGGUUUCGCGGCUGGCGAGUGACUGUCACUGUCACUGACCGAUCACCUUCUGUUGCUGGUUCUUGUUCCCAUCGUCCUUCUCGGCACUGUACAUUACCGCAACCUGCCGUGGAGUUGCGUUACCGUAUCGCGCCCGCGCACUCUCGCACGCCCAUCGCUG